UCCUGCUUUAAAAAAAAACAAAACCCAUCAAUAAGCGUAAACAACUCGUGUUGCUUGGUUGGACUUCGGAAACAUCUGCGGAUCAAAGCAAAGUUUCGCAUCUAAUACCCUCGAAAAUGACUUUCGAUGCCGCAACUCAUGACGACGGGCCCGGAUUUGUGGGCAUUCGUUUCUGUCAGGAAUGUAACAACAUGUUGUACCCGAAAGAAGACAAAGAAAACAAGGUGCUGCUCUAUGCCUGCCGGAAUUGUGACUACAAGCAGGAAGCCGACUCCAACUGUAUCUACGUGAACAAAAUUAUGCACGAAAUCGACGAGCUGACCCACAUCGUGCCGGACGUGAUAUCGGACCCGACGCUGCCCCGAACGGAAGAACAUGCCUGUCCCAAGUGCACCCACCGGGAAGCGGUAUUUUUCCAGGCACAGACACGGCGAGCCGAAGAGGAAAUGAGAUUGUAUUAUGUGUGUACCAAUCCGGGAUGUUGCCACCGCUGGACCGAGUAAACUGGGCGAAAUUGACGAACGAAAGAGUUUUGGACGAAGGGUGAUUCCAUUUGGUGAACGAGAUUUGAUAAUGACUUCACUUAAUAUUAAUAUUUGAUUUUGUAUCAUGAUACAAAAAUGUAAUAACAUGGUUACGAUGAGCUGAUGGGCACUUCCAAA